AAGAAAAAGAAAAAGGGAAGAACAGAACUGAGUGGAAAUUAAGCCCCACUCUCUCUCUCUCGAUAAACCCUCCGCACUCAUACCUUGCUUCAAAGUUAUUCAACGCAUACCAUUCUCCAUUUCUCAAAUUCUUCUCAAUUCCCUCUUUUCUUCUUCAUUCAACUCACUGAAAUUCCUUCCACUUCUUCCCUGAUCUCCAGUUUCCAGUUAUGCCCGACAUGGACGGUUCCUCCAACUACAAGUCCCCUCAGAUCUCUGAGAUGUUUCAGAAAUUCGCCCUCGCUUUCAAGACUAAGACCUUCGAAUUCUUUGCCGAUGACGAUGCUGCUGAUGAACCUGAUGGCUUUUCGCUCUUGGACUCUGCUGAGGAGGUUAUUACUGACCAGAAAGUCGUCGUCAUUAAACCCGAUUCCGCCUUCGAUUUGUUUCCCUCUUUGCCGUCUGCGGUUAUUAAGCCUUUGGCGCCUCCCAAUCUGAAGAAAUUGGAACCGGUUCCGGAUUAUUUGAGGACUUUGAAUCAGGCGGAGACUAAAGUUGAGGGAGGAGGAACGGAAAAGAGGCGAAAUGGAAUUGAUAAUACGGAGAUGAUUCAGACUUUGGUUUCGUCCAUUUUCGCUACGGUUUCUUCGUUUGAAGCUUCGUAUAUCCAAUUGCAGACUGCUCAUGUUCCGUUUGUUGAAGAGAAAGUGACGGCCGCUGAUAGGGUAUUGGUCUCGCACCUGCAGCAGCUCUCUGAUUUCAAACGUUUUUAUAAAGAUUAUCGUAGAAAUCCUGAUGAAAGUACUUCCAUUCCGGUUGGUUCUUGUUUGGAGGCGCAGGUGCAAGAGAAUCAAAGUAAGCUUCGAACGCUUGGCACCGUCUCGGACCGGGCUCAGUCCGAGAUUGAUCGGAAGGAUUCUGAGGUAUUAGCCCUCAGAAAAAAGCUGGGAGAAUUGCAGAAGUCUAAUUCGAGGUUAUCGAAGAAGUUAUCUGUUAAUUUGAAUGCGCCUUCUGAUGUUUUAAUGUCUGUUAGAGUAUUCGAUUCUAUAUUACACGAUGCUUGUAGAGCAACGUAUAAUUUUACCAAAGUUUUGAUGGAAUUGAUGAAAAAAGCUUCGUGGGAUAUGGAUUUAGCUGCCAAUUCAGUUCACCGAGAGAUUGGAUAUGCGAAGAAAGCGCAUAAUCGGUAUGCAUUCUUAUCAUAUGUUUGUUUAGGGAUGUUUCGAAGUUUUGAUUCAGAAAUUUUUGGUGUGGGUGAAACUGAGAGUUUCUGUAAUGAACAAUCUCAGAAUUUGGACAGAAAUAGCAUUUCUCUUAAGCAAUUACUCGAGCAUGUUUCAAGCAAUCCAAUGGAACUUCUAAGUGUAAAUCCUCAAUGUGCGUUUUCAAAAUUUUGUGAGAGAAAAUAUCAAGAACUUAUCCAUCCUACUAUGGAGUCAUCAAUUUUCAGUAAUUUGGAUAGGAAAGAAGACAUUCUGAAGUCGUGGCGGUCAGUCAGCGUGUUCUAUAAGUCGUUUAUUAAAAUGGCUAGCUCAGUGUGGAUGUUGCAUAAGCUGGCCUUCUCUUUUGAUCCCAUUGUGGAAGUAUUUCAAGUUGAAAGGGGUGCAGAGUUCUCAAUGGUAUACAUGGAAGAUGUUACAAGAAGAUACAUUCCACCUUUUAAAUCCAGGGCGAAAGUCGGGUUUACGGUCGUUCCUGGUUUUAAAAUUGGGCGAACGGUAAUCCAGUCUCAGGUGUAUCUUGAGGAAGCUCUUGGCAAAGGCUGAAAAACAAAAAAAAAGCUAGUAAUGGGAUGUUUACCGAGGAAAAUGACUCCUCCCCUUUCAUGUUAUGAUUCCAAAUUCCACAGAAUUCAGAAUUCAUGAACUUAACAGAUGCCUUGUUGUGGCGUUCUUGAAGCAAGAAAGCUGAAUGAACUAUGCACCACCUGAGAGCGUUCAUCACUGCUGGACACAGAUAAACUGCAACCUCAGCAGCCACACGUUGUAAAUCUUUCUAUCUUCCUCUCUUUUUUUCCUUACUGUGAGUAUUGUGCAGGGUCAAUUUUAUAGAUCUUUUUUCUCCUUUCCAGUUUAUCACUCACUAAUAUACAUAACCAAAUUGUGUAUCCAGAUCAACUGAUUACAUUCAUCAUAUUAUUAAUGAUUAAUCUUCUGUUUCCUUCA